AUAAUAGAUGGAUUCCUUUGUCAGCAUUUCCACAGCAGUCAUCUUUAUUUUCAAUGAAACAGGCGAAAAUUAAAAUUAACCUGAUUUUAGAUGGACGAAAAGUUUUUUAUCAGCGUCGCAAAUUAUGUUUUUUUAUGAAAGUGCAUUCCCAUAGCUUUCUCAAUUGAUAUAUAAAAUGCUUGAGCAGAGCGAAAAACAAAAAUUCUGAACGAAACUUGUCACACUUUGCCAGGAAUAUCACAUGCGGCACCAUAGAAAACUCAACCAAUGUAGUGCAACCAUAGUUCCGAAGUGGACCGAGUUAUGAAAGGAGCUAAAAAAUUUAAAGACUUGAAAAGUUAGCGCAGAAUCAGAAUCUGGCAUCGGAGGUUGUUUUUAUCGUGAAAUUUCAAAUUUAAAAGUUAGCUCAUCAUACAAAUUUGAUUUUCAAAACCUUUUAAUUAUGUGGCAAGCACCUUAUUCAUCGAACCAACAACAGUAUGGCUACAACUACCAACCAAUACAGCUACCACAAAAUAAUUUCCCUUACCAGGGACAAAAUAGCUAUAAUAUUCAAAACGUUUGGCAAAAUCAGCAGCAUCACCGAGAAAAUUGGUACAAUGUUAGUCCGAAUAACCAAAAUAACUUUGGUUUCCACUCUGGUUAUCUACAACAACAGCAGCAGCAACAAAGGCAUAACCCAUACAACAAUUAUCCAAAAAAGCAUUCCUUUAACAGUCAAAAACAAAUAGAUAAACCGCACGAGUCUGUUCGAUGCGAACCAUGUGAACGUGAUUUCAGCACAAGAACAGCUUUGGACGCUCACCAGAAAAUGCAUGUUAAGUGUGAAGAAAAUGGGUGCUCGUUUACAGCAUCCAGUAAAGCAGUUAAACUACAUUUUAUCCAGACACAUGCAGAAGGCAAGUUUCGCAUAUCUUUACAAACGCCCGAGGAAAUUGCAAAAUGGAGGGAAGAGCGAAAACGAAACUGGCCUACAGUGGAAAACGUCUCCAGAAAGAAAGCGAAGCAGAUGGAAGAUGAACGUAACGGAAUUCUAAUUCGAACUAAGGAAUUUGUGUAUACAGAUCGUGAACAUAAAGGAAGAGGGCGUGGCCGCCACCGGGGCGGUAUUCGUGAAAGGAGUAGAGGAAGAGGUGGUUACCGAACUGGCAAAAAGUUUAAUAAUGUUGAUGUGAACAACAAGAAAAAUAACAGUGAUAUUUCUGACACGAAUGUUACUGAUGUUGUUAACAGCGUUGCGUCGACAGAUGUGUCCAAAGAUGCAUUGGAUUCUGGGAAAACUACUUCUGGUUUAAGUCUUUUGCAAUUAUACGACGUUGAUGAGUUGUCUGACGAUGAAGGUGUCGUAAGUAAGGAAGACUUUUCAAAUGUUCAUCCAUCACUUACAGAAACCUCUACAAAGAUGGACGUUCCAAGUCACAUAAUCCAGAAUCUUGAAAACGUGAAAAAAGAAAUGGAGGAUGGCGAACUUGAAAGCGAGGAAGAAAGUAUAAAGGUCAAAUCUUUCGAGAAAUAUAACAAUAAAAGUCAUGUUUCAAACGAACCCACAAAUUGUAAACAAUUACACAAGGCGAAGACUGACAGGAGUAAUGCUAAAAACAAAAAGGGGAGAAAUAACAAGCAGUCAGAAGUAAAGAAAAACACAAAAGUAUCGCUUUUGGAAAUGUUACUCGCAAAAGAAAUACGUCAUGAACGAAAUGUUGUGUUACAAUGUAUACGUUACAUCGUGAAGGGGAAUUUUUUUCAGAGCUGAAUAUCUUGUGUUGUCAUGUUGUAUUCUUUAGUGAAGUAUUAACCAGACGUUAAUCCUGCUA